CUGCCACCGCUCCUCCGUCGAACGCACUGUGCAAAGCUCGGGAAACGCGUACCACCAAGAACCACCACGGUUUUGACCACUGCGGCAGGAGGAUCGAUCGAUCGACGAUGAGCGGAGUUACCCCCGACGACAACAGCGCCUCGGACGACUCCUUUUCCUCCGACAGCGACGACGAAUUUCUCACGCUCCGGGGGGACGGAAAGGGUGUCGAUCGGGAAGCCCUCGUGCGCAAGAAACUCCUGGAGAGCUUUUACGGAAAGACCGGCGCGGACGACCACGAUGACGGCGGCAUCGGAGGAGGGCUGGACAGCGACAGCGACGAUGACAGCAGCAGCGACGGCGACGACGACAUUCGGAUGUUGAGCUCGGACGACGAGGAAGACGGCGACGGCUUUGAUUCCAACGGCGGUUCCGGGUUUUCGAGGCGCAGGAUGCAGCGCCGUCGGAGGCGCCGGUCCAAUCGCUCGCUCCCGGCCCCCGGUGGAAACGGAGACGAGGACGACCUGGAUUCCGUCCACUUUGACGCUUCCAAGCACACGGAACGCUACGUCCUGGGUUCCAGCGUGCACCCCCUCCUUGAAACGGAGGAAUCCCUGGCCUGCCAGGUCCGGACCCUAGACUCCUCGAUGCAAACCCUGGUCUACGAAAACUACAGCCGCUUCAUCGAGGCGACGGAUGCGGUCCGAAACAUCGGCGUCAACGUGCAGUGCAACGCCGGAAACCUCAAGAAGCUCUCCUCGAGCGUCAAGGUGGUGGGCGAGAUGGCCAGGGACGUCGAAACGAACUGCGGAAAGCUCCGGGACUCCGUUGUCGAGAAACUCCGCACGAAGCGCCUGCUGCAGCGGCUGGAAUCCCUCCUCAAACUCCCGUCGACGCUGCGCGAGAGCAUCGGCGACGGGCGCUACCGGUGGGCCACCAAGUCCUACCUCAAGGCCUACGCGAUUCUCCACAAGCAGUCGGACGGCUUCGAGUCGCUGCAGCGCAUCGAGCAGGAGUGCUACGAAAUCGUGGAGGGCCUCCUGGAGGACGUCAAGCACAAGCUGUUCCACUGGAGUGGAAACUACAACAACUCGUCGGGAGCGGCGGGGGGAGCGGAAAACGACGAUUCCUUCGUUUACGACGAUGACGGGGACGAGAAGCACGCCGACGACGGAGGCGAUGCGGCUGCAAACGAAAACGGCAUUGGUGCCAGCCGAUCUGCUUCGAUGUCGAUGGAAGAUCCCCCGGAUCCACCCGAGACCGUCGCGGGGAUUUUCGAGUGUGCGGGAACCCCGGUUCUGAUUCUGAACCACCAACAGCACCAACAGCACCAACAAAACGGUGCGGAACCCUCCGCCGCUUCGAGCACCGCCACCAGCCAGAUUGAUUUCGUCACCGGGGUGUCGGUGGAAGAGUGCCAGGAAAUGUCUCUCGACGCCUGCCUGCGGCUGAUCGAGCGGUUUCUGGACACCCACCACAUCGAACUCCAGGAAGCCCUCCUGACGUCGUCGGCCCUGGACAACCCCGGAGCGGCCCCGAUGGGCGGCGACGCACCCCAGGCCUCGCCCACCAGCGACGGGGCCGCUUCCGGGAGCGGAGGUGGCAGCCGCUUGAUCCCGACCAACGUUCUGGACAGCAUCCUCGAGGCAUCUGCACUGUACAGCGUGACCUUUCCUACCAACACCGGCGAGCCCUCGGAACCCCUGUCCAAGUUUGUGACGACGGCCUUUUACUCCUUCUUGCAGCACGUUCGGACGGCGCUCCUGGAGCAAUCGGCGCAGACGGCCUUCCCCAAGGACCUGCGGCGAAGCAUCAGCAGAGACGGGGGCAGCGGGAUCCUGGACUCGAGCGGCUACGGUUUUCAGGACAGCGGCCGCACGAGCAGUGGCAACAUGGGAGACGACGAAGACGGGAGCAAUCACGACGACGACGAGGGACCGGACGAUUCGGAGGACCGGGCCCACGAACAGAUUGCAAACGCCACGGCUCUCCUGCUGGAGUCGGUACAGCAAUUCUCCUCCGCGCUGGCCCUGCCCGAGGUGGCCAUCGACGGGGGGCUGGCGUCGAGCCUCGUGGAACAAACCCUGGCGCUCUCCGAAGCCAUGGUGCGAAGGCGGGUCGACCAGAAGCUCUUCGUUCUCAGAUUCCGGGUCCUGCAAAACUGCCUGGCACCCUUUUGCCGCCAGGCAAUGAAAAACGACCCCGCCGGCGGCAAAACGGCCCAGGAAAAGAUCGACCGCGUCGUCCAGAUGGCGAGCGUGGCCCUGUCGGAUGCCUCGCAGCUGAUCGACGACACGGUGAGAUCCAUUGUAUCGUCCUCCACCAACGGCUCCUCGAAAAACGACGCAACGCUCAAGACCGCGGUCGAGCAAAGCACGGCCCGGUUUGCCUCCUGGCUGGCGACGGCCCUGGAAAUGCUGGCCGGCUGCGAAUCCAGCGAGUCGAAAUACGUCCUGGACGUGAUGCCAGAAAUCCCCGAGGACGAGAGGGCCGCGGGCAACAUCAUUAGCCCCGCCUUGUUCCGCCAUUCGAAGGACAAAACGGACAGCGAGCUCUCGGAGCUGGUCGAGAACGCCAUGGACGAUCUCCUCGAAGAGCUCGACGAGUUGGAAGGGGAAGCAUCGGCAUCGGCAUCGGCAUCGGCAGCCAGCGAUGGGUCGUCCGCAAGAUCCUACCUGACCCUCGCGAUUGCCGAAAUGUGCCGGCUCGCCCAGCGAACGGUGGUAGACGACAUUAACCAAUCCAUUGCUAUCCACACGGGAAGCAUCAACAAACACCGCAGUGCCCAGGCCGCCGAUGGUCUCUUUGCCACGGCGCUUGCGGACGGAGCUCCCGGGAACGGAGACGACCGAAACUCGAACAACAAAGAUCCCACCUCUAUGCGCUUCCGCCUCGCGGCCUCCCGGGUCUUGGCGCUCUACGCCAUCGACCGCGGAAACGAAGCGGGGGAAUGGCUCUCCUCGGGCUUGUCGGAACUCUCCGGGGACGAAGGAAGCGAGGAAGCCAGCACCGGUCCCAGGGAGGGUGCGUGGUCUCUCCUGACCGUGGCCAAAUCAACGGCCUUUGAUUGCGCCGGUUUGUUCGGAGGCCCCAAGCGGGCGGGGCCGGUUCCGGAAGAUCUGGAAGACGAGUACGUCUCCCUGACCAUGGCCCGGCAAAACCAGGGCAUUCGGUCGACCCUGGCGAUCGACGUAGAGCGCAUGUUUGCGGAAAAAGUAUUCGCCUUUCCCCAUCCCUUCGAAGACCUUGCCUUCGACAGGAACCUGGUCGUCUUCCAGGUACUCAAGGUGGCCUUCUUGGCCCUCAGAGAAGACGUGCGGCUGGUUCGUUUCACCAACCAAGGCUACCGGCAGCUGCUGGUGGACACCGAGUUUCUCAAGUUCAUGUUGCCCCACUAUGUCAAGGACGAGGAGCUAGCAGACCACAGCACGGCAAAUCCCGUUGCCAGCCUCGAGGGCAUCCUGGCGGAAGCCACCAAGAACGCCAAGGAACGCUGCGAUGGCUCGGCCAUGCUCCAGGACGAUGCCCUGGAAACCAACCAAGCCAGAGCCGUGGUUCGUGGCUUUAUGGCAUCGAACGGAGGGAGCGAUGGCUUGGUCGGUCGGUUCACGAUUUCGGAAGACGACGAGACCGACGGUGGCGAGGAAACGAACGCCGAGUAAGGACGAACAAGGAACUCUUCGCUCUCCUUCGUAGUUCGUGGGCACUCUCGGUAACAGAGCGGUUGCUAACGUGAAAUGUGAAUGGCAAUUUGCAGUGCUUUCACUCUGUUUGCUACAAAUGAAAAUACGCAGACGUU